CUUCAAUCUCACUACUAUUAGAAUUUACAAGACGCGGUAGACUUCAACUAGACUAUGCCCCUCUUUUCAGAACCUGCUAGUCUCAUCUUUUCUAAAAAUCAAAACUUUUCGACAAACUUGAUUUCUACUGCUUUGUGUGAAUUGACUUUAAAAUGGCGGAAGAACUCUUUAUUUUAACCUCAUAUUGAUGUUGGUUUUGCAUCGAGAAUCGUUAAAGAUCCAUGUACGACUCCAUUGGAGGUUGGGACGUUUUCUCAGUGUUGUCACAACUUUGUUCAUGGGAACAUAACUCAAUAAGUACAACUUAUCACUUUUUGCUUGUAAUUCAUGUUGGUCUAUUUAUAUAGCACUUAUUCAUAUCUCUGUUAGAAACUUCAAUGGCGUGUUUUGGACCUUCAAGCCUCCAUCUCUUCUCAUAAACAUAAACCAUCCGCCAUGGAGGGCAGCAUACUAGAUUUCCUUGGCUCGGAGCUAAUCGGGGUAAUGUCCCCAGUCUCGUUCUGUAUGCUCUUAGUUGUUCUAUUAGUCUCCACUCUCUCUCCUUCUUCUCUUCCUUCUUCUCCUUCCCAAACCCCCAUCAUCACUGCUGCUAAUCUUGUCUACUCUGAAAACCCAUCUGAUUCGGUGGUUCAAAAACUUGAAGGCGCUCUUCUAAAUGCUGCUGUUUUUGUCCUUCUCAUUGCUGCAGUCACCUUACUCCUCGUCCUCCUCUACUACUAUAAAUUCACCAAUUUUCUCAAACAUUAUAUGCGCUUUUCUGCUUUCCUCAUCCUCACCACGAUGGGAGGUGCUAUUUUUCUCUCUCUUGUUCGCCAUUUCUCUCUUCCCCUUGAUGCCCCGACUUAUUUCCUAUUCCUCUUGAACUUUUCCAUCCUCGGGGUUGUCUCAGUAUUUGGAAGAGUGGUUCCCAUCAUCAUUACCCAAUCUUAUACUGUGAUAUUGGGAAUAAUUACUGCUGCUUGGUUCACUCAAUUGCCUGAAUGGACUACCUGGGUUUUACUGGUUGCUUUGGCAAUUUAUGAUCUGGUGGCCGUUCUAGCUCCUGGUGGUCCAUUAAAGAUUCUUGUGGAGUUAGCUCGGUCGAGAGAUGAUGAUCUCCCGGCAUUGAUUUAUGAGGCUAGGCCUACUAUUUCUCGAUCUGAUGGCGGUGGACAAAGAUCUAGAACUCUCGAUGUUUUAGUUAGUGGGGUUUCAGAUAAUUCCUCAGUCGAGCUUCAGAAUAUGUCAAGAAAUGUUGAAAAUAUUCCCAACGAGGAGGUAAUUGAUACCGAAUAUGGGAGACAAAGGACCGAUGAUGAGAUUAGUGAUCAAGGAGAAGUAACACCGUUGAUGGUACCGAAUAUGAGUGAGAUUGCCGAGGUGGAUGAAGAGCGUGCAAACCUUGUGGAAAUGCUUGCUAGAGAGAGGAGAGACGGAGGUGACGUUAAUGAGGUAACCGUGACUCAAGGUAUUAAACUUGGACUUGGGGAUUUUGUUUUUUACAGUGUGCUCGUGGGUAGAGCUGCAAUGUAUGAUCUAAUGACGGUAUAUGCUUGUUACCUUGCUAUCAUAUCAGGACUUGCUUGCACUCUCAUUUUGUUAUCUGUAUAUCGUCGUGCUCUACCCGCCUUACCAAUUUCCAUCACUUUAGGGAUUACUUUUUACUUUUUGACUCGAUUGUUGAUGGAACCAUUUAUUGUUCAUAUGUCAACGAAUUUGAUGAUGUUUUAACUGCACUUAACCUCCAUUGUUAAAUAUUCGGAAGUGCUUUGCUCUCUGAUCUACGACUAUCAGGCAACAAAUUUUUGUUCGAGAUAUUUUCCCUGUAUUGAAGCGUCGAUUCUUGAUUCCUUGUGUCGAUAUAGAAGGAUUGUACAGAAACGCAUUCAUCGGGUCAGGUAACUUUUACUAUAACGAAAAUUUAUUUUUGACUUGAUGACGUUUUGUAUCAAUGCUAUCUUUCUUCAUAUUGUUGCAAUUUUCUUUUAUUCUCUAAUUGUUCAUCUUAACUAGUAUUAGUAACAGGUUAGGUAUGGCAGAAAUUCAACUACUAGUACAUAUGUUUCUUUGAAUUUGCUACAUUAUGCCAACUAAAGUGUGAGUUUUUUAGAUAUAGUGUAAACAUUCAGGAGUAAUUUUCUUAUUUCUUAUCUUUCGUUUUUCUUUUAUGUCUUGUGUGGAAAGUGGAAACUAUUUCCUUGUAGGAGUACUCCUUGUUUCUUGUAAAAUAUUCCAACCUAUUUAUAUAUUUCAGCCUUUUGCUUGUGCUGGCUGAGUUUUUGUUAUUUUAGUAAACUAUCUUCUUCUUUCUUAUAGUUAAGUAAUGUUGAAUAAGGGCUAUCUAGUUGGUCUACAAUGAGUUGGUACCAAAUACAAUAAUACUAAGAGGUUGUUUGGUAUGAAUAGUGAAAACACUUGAAAAAUGAAAAUGGUAACACUUGAGAAUAGAGAUGAAUGGGAGGAAGACACAA